CCCCCCCCCCCCCCAGUGAAUUGGUAACUCAACUGCAGGGCCUCUCCACCACUCCAGUCCAAAGGUGAGGGCAUGUCCUUCUUUCAGAGCCCAGCCCCUCCCUCAUGGCUAUUCCUUACUGGGGCCCACAGGUUCCAGCCAGGGUAAGACCUGAACAGGGUAGGUAAUUCUGACUCCCAAACCGGUUUUCCAACCUUUCUUAGGGCUGGCAUCUUACCUCUGGUAAUUUCCCAAUCCCCAACAUACCCCAGCCACCAAGUUCUCCCUACACUGGAAUGCAAGGGGGUGGGGGAUGGCCAAGUCAUCCUUUGUGCCUUGUUUACCCUGGGUGUGGUUCCUUCCCAAAAGGCUGGCCAUAAAUGUUUGGGCCUUUUGUAUUUCUGACACUAGGGGAUUCUCUGCAAGUCUUGAAAAUUAGUUGCUGUUUUAGUUUUUUUUAAUGCAAAUUUUGUUUCUAUUAAUACCGGGGUAGAUGAACCCAGGUAAGGGCCUCACUGCUGAGCCACACUUCCCCCUUUUUUUGAAAGUUUUGAGACAAAGUCAAGCAAAGGAGUUGGGAUUCCAUUUGGCAUCACCCCUUUCUCUAAUUGGAACUUUGGAGGAGGAGACCAUAAAGCCUAGCCUACCCACUGGGCCUGCUCUGGAGAAAGUUGAGGGAGAAGUGGCAUUUUCUCUAGAUGCCCCUGGACAGUCUGGGUCCUUUAUCUCAAGUACCAAGGCAAAUCACUUUGAUCUGUCCCCUGCCAAUAAGAACCUCUUCUACAGGUCCCAAUGUUUAAUGCAAGCUGAUACUAAUAGGGCCUUUUCUUUGUGCUAGGUGUCAAACACUCAGAUACCCUUAUGAGGUAACAAAACCCACGACAAACAGGCAGAGAGGAGGUAUGGUAAUGUGCCCACAUCAUUAGCCUGUUGGAUGCAAACCUUCUUCUCAGGCAGGCUCUAGAAGUACUUACUUUGUAUUCCUUCAUUAAGGAGGGACCUAUGUUCCUACCCCUCCUGGUUGCAGAAAUCAGUUUCCAAUCCAUCGUAGAAGAGCCCUUUGGAGGAAGAUGAGGGAUGUGAUUGUCUGUGGAAGCUCUUGCUUUCAUGUAUACAGCUGGCUUCUAAUACCCAAUCCCCGUACAAAUACAGGUCGCUUAUACUUUUUUUUUCCAGUUUGUACAUUUCUUUCCAAGGAUACCAUUGGGACAAGUAGAUGAAAACUGUUUCUGUAUUACAAAGGAGGAAAUAGAGUUAAGGAAUUAAAUGACCUUGCCAAUGCUCUCCCUGGGAAUCUGGGUUACAUAUUAAAUGCCCCGGUAGGAUAUAUUGCUGGGAUGAGGAAAUGGUAAUGACCCUAGGUCUACAGAGCUUUGGGGAGGGAGCUAGUGAGGAAGCACUAUUAAGCAGUUUAGGGGCAGGAGAGAUGGUUUAGUGGUUAAGAGCACUGGUUGUGCUUCCAGAGGACCCAGGUUUCAUCCCCAGGACCCACAACCAUCUCCAGUUCCAGGGGAUCCAACACCUUCUGUCCUCUGCAGGCAUCAGGAACACACAGAUAUUACAUACAGGUAAAACACCCAUACACAUACAAAAUAAAAUAAUUUAAAAACAGACAAUUUAUACAGAGCGUUAGGUGUCAGAUUAGCAGAGUGCUCCUCCCUACCCCCAAUGCUGACAUGUGUGGAGAUACUGCUUCCUUUAGGACAGAAGGAGACAUAGCUGGUUUUGGCAAAGCCUAGAAUGGGUCAGUGAUUGGUCAGCAAGUGAUGUGGGCAGAUAGUUGAUGCCUUCUUGGGGAGAAAGGAAGAUAAAUACGGCUAACUGCCCUUUCAAUGCUGGGGUCCAGGGGGAAGGUAAUAUGGGAAAACUACAACUCCCAGAAGUCUCUGUUUCCAGGCAAGUAGCGACGGUUGCUAUGGUUUCGGAAAACAAUAUGGCUGCUCCCAGAUGGGAUUUGAGUCUGUGCGGAGUAGGGAAAUAAACGUAGAUCUGAACGCUCUCAGUGGCGAGAGGAGGCACUGGAAGGGUCCUGGGGCUGGUACUGGGCUCUGCAGGGAACGGUGAGUCCUUGCCCAGGAGCAAAUGGCAAGCAGCGUGGAUGAGGAGGCUCUGCACCAGCUGUACCUGUGGAUAGACAAUAUCCCUCUGUCCCGACCCAAGAGAAACCUCUCCCGGGACUUCAGUGACGGAGUCCUGGUUGCAGAGCUUAUCAAGUUUUACUUCCCCAAGAUGGUGGAGAUGCACAAUUAUGUCCCUGCCAACUCUCUCCAGCAGAAGCUCAGCAACUGGGGUCACCUGAACAGAAAGGUGCUGAACAAGCUAAACUUCUCCGUCCCCGAUGACGUGAUGCGGAAGAUUGCGCAGUGUUCUCCCGGUGUAGUGGAGCUGGUGCUCAUUCCGCUGAGGCAGCGCCUGGAGGAGCGGCAGAGGCGCCAGAAGCUGGGUGCUGGCUCCUUACAGGAGCUGGCUUCUCAGGAUGGCAGUGGCUACAUGGAUAUUGGUUUGUACCAGAAGGCUCGAGGAGAUGGUGCCCCAGCUCUGGGGGGAGAACAGCUCAGAGGGGGCCGGCCGCAGGCGCCUCGACCCCCUGGGUAUAACCAGGCGCUGCCGGGCGAUCCGAGCUUCGUCCUUCAGAUUGCUGAAAAGGAGCAGGAGCUGUUGGCCUCUCAAGAGACGGUGCAGGUCCUGCAGAUGAAGGUGAAGCGUCUGGAACACCUGCUCCAACUCAAGAACGUGCGCAUCGAAGACCUGUCCCGGAGACUCCAGCAGGCGGAGCGCAAGCAGCGGAGAAAAGACCACUUUCCACAGCCCAGAAAACCCGUUCGGACACACGGCAUGAAUUCCCAAUCCGUGCCCACUUUGAGGCUCCCGGCGCUGGGCCUGGAGAGGCGGUCCUCUGGUUCGCUUCUCAGCUUAGAGGAUAGCCCCGACUCCAUCUAUGCAAUUUCUCCAUGGCCUUGGACAUUCGAGAAGCUAUCCCCGGAAGCUGAGGGAUUCUCUUACCCCUCCUGGGUGCUUACAUGGGACCCAUCUCAGGGUUGGAGACCACAGCAGCUGGAGAGGAAGGGAUAAAGUGUUGAAUGAAGAAUCCAGGAAAAAGAGGCAUCUAGCUGCGCAAUAGCCCUCCUCGAAUGGAGUGAUAUAUGGAGUGCCUGGGGAAGACAGGGCAGAGUUGUCUAUUAAAGGUGGUGUUGGGUGCUCUUCCCUGUGCCUGCCUUUUCUUUCUGCCUGGAUAGGUCCCAAAGGCAGCGAGUUCUUGCCUUUCACCUAGCUGUCCUCAUAAAGACUCUGUGGACCCAGGCCAGGUCUCACGCUAUGCUUAUUAGAUUGAUGGUACUGCCAGUGGGCAGAUUUUGUAAAGUGUAACAGCCUACUUCUAGCACUGGGUGACCCCACCCCCACCCCAGCCUCCCUCCAGUAUCCUCCAACCUUGUCCAAACCCAGGCUGAUUUUCACCAAUUGUGGCCACUCAUGUUCCCACCCUUGCCAAAGGACUUUUUUUUUUCUUGCUUUCUGUAUGACUCUCAGCCCUGUCCACACACUGAUCUCAAUCCUAUGGACAAUGGCUACAGGUCACUUGAAACCCUGACCAUGGUAAGACCUUCACUCUAAUGAUUUGCUGACUGACAAUAAUGCUGAACAUUGGUAAAUCCCGAGGUCUGGCCAUUCCAUUCACAGGCAUACAUUCAGCAUGGGAGAAACUCCUGUGCCCUGAGCUCUGGGAGACACACUACAACAGCCACACAGAGCCGAAACGAUGGGCUGGAGAUGGGCUCAGCUGCUAAGAGCAUUUGUUGUUCUUGCCGAGGAGCCAGGUUCCAUUCCCAGCACCCAGUGGCCAUUCACUUCCUGCAUCACUCCAGUCCCAACACCCUCUUCUGACCUCCGUGGGCACCGGGCCCACUUGUGAUGCACAAACAUAUAUGAGCUUAAAAUAAAUGUAAAAAGGAAAAGAACUAAAAGGAA